GAUUUUAUUUUGACCUCGCCCAUAAAAGGCAGGACGACGCUAUACGUUCGCGUUUUUUUAACGCAAAAGCUUUAAGAAAAGAAACAAAGAAACAAUGAGCUCUUCAGAUAACGAGGAUUUAGUCCAGGCAGCUCUAGAGGCUAGAUCAAGGGCUCACUGCCCUUACUCUAACUUUCAAGUUGGGGCAGCCCUCAGGACAAAGAGUGGGAAAGUAGUAACUGGUUCUAAUAUAGAGAAUGCUGCUUACCCGCUUAGUACUUGUGCUGAGAGGGUAGCUAUUACAAAAUGUGUUAGCAGUUUAGAAAAUAAAGAUGACAAGAAAAUUGUAGCCAUUGCUGUAGCAACUAAACUUGAUGAUCAGUUUCCUUCUCCUUGUGGAGGCUGUCGUCAAAUUAUUGCUGAGUUUGGUUGGGACUCUAACUGUCAAGUGAUACUUGUAAAAGCUUCUGGUGCCACAACUACAACAAGCAUUCAAGAACUGUUGCCUAAAGCAUUUCUACCUGAUGUACUAAUUAAAGAAUAAGUUAUAAUAUUAAUUAUUAUUAUGUUGCUUUUUAUUAUAAUUUAUAUUGAGUAGUUUUGUGUCUUAGAAAUUUUUUUUUUUUUUAACAAAAAAAA